AAUUGAAUACAGACUCAGAAUAUCUGAUUUUUAGAAAGCCCUUAGAAGCAAAGCAGCUGCCCUCACGUUGGCAGGAUGAACGGGACGGAAGGCGUCAAUUUUUACGUGCCUAUGUCCAACAAGACAGGGGUGGUGCGAAGCCCCUUUGAGUACCCCCAGUACUACCUAGCUGAGCCCUGGAAAUACCGUGUCGUGUGCUGCUACAUCUUCUUCCUCAUCUCCACCGGUUUGCCCAUCAACCUGCUCACCCUCUUGGUGACCUUCAAACACAAGAAGCUCCGGCAGCCGCUCAACUACAUCUUGGUCAACUUGGCCGUGGCUGAUCUCUUCAUGGCCUGCUUUGGCUUCACAGUCACCUUCUACACGGCCUGGAAUGGCUACUUCGUCUUUGGCCCCAUUGGCUGUGCUGUGGAAGGCUUCUUCGCUACGCUGGGAGGCCAAGUCGCCCUGUGGUCCCUGGUGGUCCUGGCCAUCGAGCGCUACAUCGUCGUCUGCAAACCCAUGGGGAACUUCCGCUUCUCCUCGAGCCACGCCAUGAUGGGCAUCGCUUUUACCUGGGUUAUGGCCUUCUCCUGUGCUGCUCCACCCCUCUUUGGCUGGUCCAGAUACAUGCCGGAGGGGAUGCAGUGUUCCUGUGGUCCCGACUACUAUACCCACAACCCUGACUAUCACAAUGAGUCCUACGUCCUCUACAUGUUCAUCAUCCACUUCAUCAUCCCAGUCGUGGUCAUUUUCUUCUCCUACGGGCGCCUCAUUUGCAAAGUCCGAGAGGCAGCUGCCCAGCAGCAGGAAUCAGCCACAACCCAGAAGGCCGAGAGGGAGGUGACGCGGAUGGUGAUCCUCAUGGUGCUGGGAUUCAUGCUGGCUUGGACGCCCUAUGCCGUGGUGGCGUUCUGGAUCUUCACCAACAAGGGAGCGGACUUCACUGCCACUCUCAUGUCAGUGCCUGCCUUCUUCUCCAAGAGCUCCUCCCUCUACAACCCCAUCAUCUACGUCCUCAUGAACAAGCAGUUCCGUAAUUGCAUGAUCACCACAAUCUGCUGCGGCAAGAACCCCUUUGGGGAUGAAGACACCUCUUCCGCUGUAUCCCAGAGCAAGACCGAGGUCUCCUCCAUCUCCUCCAGCCAAGUAUCACCUGCAUAGACCAUGGACAGUUUGAACUGGGGUGACCCCCCGAGCUCAGGGACCAAUACAGACAUCCCUCUCCCACAGUCUCCCUUCAUGCAGUCCCUCCCUUGUGCGCCAACACCCAACCUUUAGCUGUGCACCUACUGCAGUAGCAUCCCCCAGGCACCGGACACCCCUGGUGCGAACACACAGAGCUCUUCCCACUGACACAGCCCCUUGCAGGGCAGCCCAGGUCCCUUCCCCAGCUCCCAGGAGCUG